AAUCUCAGCUAAUUCAAGCCAAGGGUGUACUCCUCAGAGUCCCAUCCAUCCACGACUGUACAUAUUAUACCAACUAAAGGUAACUAAAGUUUGUAGCAACGGGUUCGACUGAACCAAUCCGAACAAUGGGAGACUGCUCGCCAUCGGGCCUUUAGGCCUGGCCCUCGUUCCCAAUCGUCCCAUCCGCCGCCGCGAGAGCCACGGUACAGAGGCCGAAAGCCUUUCUUCCUGUCAACCUGCGAUCCUUUGGGCCCAGUAGGCCCUAAACCCCAGCCACAGUCGCCGGGGGAGAAACCUUCUGCAAGUGAGGAGAUAUAGCCCUGUUUUCUGUUAACUGCUUUAGAAGAGUCUUGCCGCCCGACCCCCAAACAAAGGGGUGGGAAGGAGAAGGAGGGCUUGGCACCCCAUGUGGUGAGAAUGAACGACAGCCCCUAAGAAAAAGCGGGGGGGGGCACUUCUCAUAGAGCCUGUCCUCAGCCACGGACUCUUUUUCCUCCUCCCUCCCUCUCGCGCGGAGGCACACGGUCCAUUCUAGAGGUGUUCAGCGACGCUUUGGCUGUUGGGGGAUUGUUCGGAACGGUUGCCUUAGUCGGAGCUGCCCGUCCUGCCGGCGAUCUAGCUGGCCAUGGCCGAGUUCCUGCCGCCGCCCGAGUGCCCCGUUUUCGAGCCGAGCUGGGAAGAGUUCGCGGACCCUUUCGGCUUUAUCCACAAGAUCCGGCCCAUUGCCGAGCGGACCGGGAUCUGCAAGGUGCGGCCACCGCCGGACUGGCAGCCUCCAUUUGCAUGCGAUGUUGAUAAACUUCAUUUUACUCCACGAAUCCAAAGGCUGAAUGAAUUGGAGGCUCAGACUAGGGUGAAACUGAAUUUUCUGGACCAGAUUGCAAAGUUCUGGGAACUCCAAGGAUGCACGCUGAAAAUUCCACAUGUAGAACGAAAAAUUCUAGAUUUGUUCCAGCUUAAUAGGCUAGUUGCAGAGGAAGGUGGAUUUGACUUGGUUUGCAAGGACAGAAAAUGGACCAAAAUAGCUACCAAGAUGGGAUUUGCUCCUGGCAAAGCUGUGGGUUCACAUAUACGUGCUCACUAUGAACGCAUUCUUUACCCUUACAACUUAUUCCAAUCUGGAGCUAGCCUUCUGGCACCUGACAUUUGUUCCAAACUGAUGUGUUUAGUGGAUGAUGCAGUUCUGGAAAAGUGUUUUCAGAAGCCAGAUAUUACCAGUGGUACAAAGGACAAAGAAUAUAAACCCCAUGAUAUUCCUCAGAGACAAUCUGUUCAACCAUCCGAAACUUGCCCUCCUGCACGUCGUGCAAAACGCAUGAGAGCAGAGGCUACUAAUAUUAAAGCUGAGGUUGAAGAAACUACAGAGACCAAAACUCAUAAUUUGAGGCGCAGAAUGGGGAGCACUCCAGUAAAGUCUGACAAUGAUAAAGAAUCUCAUGGCAUAGUGAAACGAGAAGGUGUUGAGAAAAAACAGUGGAUUUGGGAAGCAGAUAGAGAAAAGUCAAAGGGACGUUCUAAGAAAAAUUUUAAUGCUGUGGAUUUGUAUGUAUGCCUCUUAUGUGGCAGUGGAAACGAUGAAGAUCGUCUGCUCCUAUGUGAUGGCUGUGAUGACAGUUACCAUACCUUUUGUUUGAUACCACCUCUUCAUGAUGUUCCCAAGGGGGAUUGGAGAUGUCCCCAAUGUCUAGCUCAGGAAUGCAAUAAACCACAGGAAGCGUUUGGCUUUGAACAGGCAGCACGAGACUACACACUUCGUACGUUUGGAGAAAUGGCAGAUGCCUUCAAGUCAGAUUAUUUUAAUAUGCCAGUGCAUAUGGUCCCCACAGAAUUAGUGGAGAAAGAGUUUUGGCGCCUUGUAAGUACAAUUGAAGAGGAUGUCACAGUCGAAUAUGGUGCUGAUAUUGCCUCAAAGGAGUUUGGCAGUGGGUUUCCUGUAAGAGGUGGGAAAAUUAAACUCCGACCAGAAGAAGAGGAAUAUCUUGAUAGCGGAUGGAAUUUGAAUAAUAUGCCUGUGAUGGAACAGUCUGUACUUGCUCACAUCACUGCAGAUAUAUGUGGAAUGAAGUUGCCUUGGCUGUAUGUAGGGAUGUGCUUUUCCUCAUUUUGCUGGCAUAUUGAGGAUCACUGGAGUUACUCCAUUAACUAUUUGCACUGGGGGGAGCCUAAAACAUGGUAUGGAGCUCCAGGAUAUGCAGCUGAACAACUGGAAGAUGUCAUGAAGAAGCUGGCUCCUGAACUAUUUGAAUCUCAACCAGACCUUUUGCAUCAGCUGGUUACAAUUAUGAAUCCCAAUACACUAAUGUCUCAUGGUGUGCCUAUCUACCGAACCAAUCAGUGUGCUGGUGAAUUUGUGAUUACAUUUCCAAGAGCCUAUCAUAGUGGCUUUAAUCAAGGUUUUAACUUUGCUGAAGCUGUUAAUUUCUGCACUGUUGACUGGCUGCCUUUGGGUCGUCAGUGUGUGGAGCACUACCGUUUAUUAAACCGCUAUUGUGUGUUUUCUCAUGAUGAAAUGAUAUGUCGAAUGGCAGCCAAAGCAGAAACUCUUGAUGUAGUAGUAGCUUCUACAGUUGAAAAAGAUAUGGCUAUUAUGAUUGAAGAUGAAAAGACUUUACGGGAGGCUGUGCGUAAGCUGGGCGUUACUGAUUCAGAAAGAAUGAAUUUAGAAACGUUGCCUGAUGAUGAACGACAGUGCAUAAAGUGUAAAACUACUUGCUAUAUGUCUGCAGUCUACUGUAGUUGUAACCCUGAUUUAUUAGUAUGCUUAUAUCAUGUAGAAGACCUCUGCACAUGUCCCAUAUAUCAAUAUAAAAUGGGGUAUCGAUAUACAGUGGAUGAGCUGUAUCCAAUGAUGAAUGCACUUAAGUUGCGUGCAGAAUCUUACAAUGAAUGGGCUUCUAAUGUCAAUGAAGCUUUAGAGGCAAAAGUUAAUAAUAAAAAAAGUAU